ACUACAACGCCAGCAAUGCUGCUGAUCUAACUACCCUUAGCCACGUGAUCUUCUCACCAUCUCCUCUCUCUCUUUCCCCAUCGCCCGCCUCUUUCUAUAUAUACCCCUCUCUUGUUGUUCUCAUAUUCUCGUUUUCCCCCUCUUUUUUCUGGCCGAUUUCAGCAACCGAUUGAUUCGGAUCCAUCGGUUUUGUCACCAUGGCAACUGGGCAACUGUUCUCUCGUACAACUCAAGCUCUGUUUUACAACUACAAGCAGCUUCCGAUCCAGCGGAUGCUUGAUUUUGAUUUUCUUUGCGGAAGGGAAACACCAUCAGUUGCUGGAAUAAUUAAUCCUGGUUCAGAAGGAUUCCAGAAGCUCUUUUUCGGUCAGGAGGAAAUUGCCAUCCCAGUGCAUGCAAGCAUUGAAGCGGCUUGUUCUGCACAUCCUACUGCUGAUGUCUUCAUCAAUUUUGCAUCAUUUAGAAGCGCUGCUGCAUCAUCCAUGGCUGCUUUGAAACAGCCAACUAUUAGAGUUGUUGCCAUUAUUGCCGAAGGUGUUCCUGAGGCGGACACUAAGCAAUUGAUUGCUUUUGCGCGAUCAAACAAUAAGGUUGUUAUUGGCCCUGCCACUGUUGGAGGCAUUCAAGCUGGUGCUUUUAAGAUAGGUGAUACAGCUGGAACAAUUGACAAUAUCAUUCAAUGCAAGCUGUACAGGCCUGGAUCUGUUGGCUUUGUUUCUAAAUCUGGUGGGAUGUCCAAUGAAUUAUACAGCACAAUUGCCCGUGUCACUGAUGGAAUUUAUGAAGGAAUUGCCAUUGGAGGGGAUGUUUUCCCUGGUUCCACACUUUCUGAUCAUGUGUUAAGAUUUAAUAGCAUUCGACAGGUUAAAAUGAUUGUUGUACUUGGAGAACUUGGUGGGCGUGAUGAAUAUUCCCUAGUUGAAGCCCUGAAACAGGGGAAAGUGACUAAACCAGUUUGUGCCUGGGUCAGUGGAACCUGUGCACGACUCUUCAAAUCGGAAGUACAAUUUGGUCACGCUGGAGCUAAAAGUGGUGGUGAGAUGGAGUCUGCUCAAGCAAAGAAUCAAGCACUAAAGGACGCAGGAGCUGUUGUUCCCACUUCUUAUGAAGCUUUUGAAGGCGUAAUAAAGGAAACAUUUGAGAAAUUGGUUGGAGAAGGAAAGAUUACGCCAGUGAAGGAGUUUACUCCUCCACAGAUCCCUGAGGACCUUAACUCUGCAAUUAAGAGUGGAAAAGUCCGUGCCCCAACUCACAUUAUUUCCACCAUCUCUGAUGACCGGGGUGAGGAGCCAUGCUAUGCUGGUGUGCCCAUGUCUUCCAUUGUCGAAAAGGGUUAUGGUGUUGGUGAUGUUAUCUCUCUUUUGUGGUUCAAACGCAGCCUUCCUCGUUACUGUACAAAAUUUAUUGAGAUCUGCAUCAUGUUGUGUGCUGACCAUGGUCCAUGCGUCUCUGGUGCUCACAAUACAAUAGUGACAGCAAGAGCUGGAAAAGACCUUGUUUCCAGUCUUGUAUCAGGUUUGCUUACUAUUGGUCCCCGAUUUGGUGGUGCCAUUGAUGAUGCUGCCCGUUACUUCAAGGAUGCUUAUGACAGGGGUCUUACACCUUAUGAGUUUGUGGAAGGCAUGAAGAAGAAGGGCAUUCGUGUGCCAGGAAUUGGGCAUAGGAUCAAGAAUAGGGACAACAAAGAUAAGAGAGUAGAGCUUCUGCAGCGAUUUGCUCGCACACAUUUUCCCUCUGUGAAAUACAUGGAAUAUGCUGUUCAAGUUGAAACCUACACCCUCUCUAAGGCAAAUAACCUAGUUCUUAACGUGGAUGGUGCAAUCGGAUCUCUCUUUUUGGAUCUCCUUGCUGGUAGUGGGAUGUUCACCAAGCAGGAGAUUGACGAAAUUGUGGAAAUUGGCUAUCUGAAUGGACUCUUUGUGCUGGCUCGCUCCAUUGGUCUUAUUGGGCAUACCUUUGACCAAAAGAGACUGAAACAACCACUCUACCGCCACCCAUGGGAGGAUGUUCUCUACACAAAGUGAGAGGCUUCUGUGGCCAUGAGAAAUUUAUUUGUUCAUGCUACAACAAAAUAGCAAUCUGCUGGGAAUUCCUGCAUAUGCAAUAUCCAGUAAUGAUCAAAUAAUUUUUGUAACUGUUAGAAGAAUAGUGUUGUAUGAUCUCUCCAUGAAACCAUCUUUUGUGAGUUUUAUAAAAUACUGGAAAAAGAAAUAACUCCUAGUCAUUUUUAAAGAUAUUCUUUUUUCCCUCCUUUCGGGGUGAAGAUUCUGAACUGUGUCUGGUGGGUUCAAAGGGAAUGAUGAGUUGGGGUAUCUCUUAGUUAAAUUUUGCCAGGUUCGGCUCUUCAUAAAGCUUGUAUAAUAUGUGCGCUUAAGUGAACAUUACAAUUUUUGAAUAAUUCUGGGUUCUCCACACUUUAAA